AUGAAUGGCGGCGGUGCUACACGGCACGCGGAGGCUUGCUUUCCGUUUUGGGUCAACGACGUAGGCUCCUUCACUUCCGUGCCACAGGGUCGUGCGCCAUCGUCGUGCUCCCUGCUUCGCCUCCGUGACCUGUUCCGCUGCGACCUGGCCGAUCCUGGCGAGUGCUGGCAGCACAUCCUGCUUUCCAGCUACGUGACUGACCUUCGAUGGCUGCUGGCGACGGUGCCGGAGCUGUCCGCUGUGACAGGGAAGCUGGUGGUGCUCAGCGGCGAAAAAGGGACGGCGACGCUGCGGCGCACCACCGGCGAUCCUUCGUCUCCAUACACGGCAACGUCGCCGCUGAUGGACCGGGUGAACCCGUUCAUGGCUGCCUUGCGCGAACAAGCGAGGGCCACAUCUGCGUUACACACCACUUUAUCGCGUGAACGCCUUGCUGUUCUCGAGCCGCCGCUCCCCGUUGCCUUUGGGACGCACCACACCAAAAUGGCGCUCUGCGUCAACAGCAGAGGUCUGCGUAUUUCUAUCUUCACCGCUAACCUUGUCGAGCAGGACUGGUGCUGGAAGUCGCAAGGCAUCUAUCUGCAGGACUUCCCAUGGAAGGCGGCGACGGAGUGCUCAAACGACGUCGCCGCAGGUGCGACUGUGGUGAAAACGGCAGCGAGCAGCACCAGUAAAGGCGGCAAUGGCAGUAACACCCUCACAAAGGGCGCCGAAUUCGUCGCGCAUCUGCGCAAUUACUUGAUGCAGUGCGGCGUGAGUCUCACCACAGCAUGCGCUUCACCGACAGAUGCGGUAUCCGCGGCUGGCCCCCUCGGGAUCUUCGAAACGGAUUUCUUAUCUCACAUCGAUUUCUCCGCUGCAGCCGUGUGGCUCAUCAGCUCCGUCCCCGGAACGUGCGCGUACGGUGAGGUCGCUCCUGGCUACCGUGUCGGGCUUUGCCGACUGGCGGAGGUGCUACGGCGCUCGGCGCUGACGAUGGCCACGGCGCCGGCGUCCGUCGACCUGAGCUGGCAGUACAGCUCCCAGGGCUCGCUCAAUCUGGCGUUUCUGAACUCUCUGCAAGCAGCCAUGUGCGGAGAGUCGGUGUCAGUGAUUGAGUCCGGCGACACACCACGAGGCGUGCGUGACGUACAGGUGGUAUACCCCACCGAGGAAGAAGUGCGGAACAGCUGGGAGGGUUGGCGCGGUGGCGGGUCACUCCCGCUGCGCGUGCAGUGUUGCCAUGAGUUUGUGAACGCGCGGUUGCAUCGCUGGGGCAGCAGCGAGGAGGGUCACACGGCGAAGCGUGCUUUCCCGCGGCCAGCUAAAGUCGCGGCGGCGCACGCCAGCCGUGAGGAUGCUGUGGAUGUAGAUGGAGUGGACAGUGAUGGGGGCGAGGGGACGACGGCAUCGCUGACGUGCAGCUGCGCAGCCUACCGACAGUUUGCGCUGCCCCAUAUUAAGUCGUACGCGGCCGUCGCGCCAGACCGCUCCUGCGUCCGUUGGUUUCUUCUGACGAGUGCGAAUCUUUCCCAGGCGGCGUGGGGUAGCCUUAGCAGGAAGAUGAACCAGCGCGGUUCGCGGCAACAGCUCGUGCGCUCGUACGAGCUGGGUGUUAUCUACGACUCCCAUUCUGCUAUUCACCCGUCAGCAUCAUCGUGGUUCAGCGUGGUGUCCAAGACGAAGAUCGAGCUUCCGAGCGCACGCAAUUCUCGUGCGAUGCUCUACGAGACGCCGCUCGGCGUUGAAACUCAGAAUGUGUGUCUGUACACUCCAUACAACCUCCUUUGCCCGACCCCGUACGCAAGCACUGCCGCUCUGCGAGCGCGCCGGGACGCACCUGUCGAGGGUGAGCAGGCUGUGGCAGGAUCGACGCUGGACUGUAGUGAUGUGCCGUGGGUGCUAGACAUGCCACACCGGGGUAGGGACGCCUACGGCCUCGAUUUCGAGGAGGCGUUUGAGAGUAGUGUUUCUCCAAAUUUAUCAAAGUGGCAGCCUCGUACGCGCGCCAUGGAGACCGCACCGCUGCACAACAUCGGGGCCCCACGUAAGCGCACGCGCGAGGCGUAG